AUGCAUCAUGUGGAUUCAGAUUACGAUAUGCAGCACGGGGACUUAGAUUAUAGUAUGCAUCACGGGAAUACAGUACACCAUAUGCAUCACUGGGAUUCAGAUCAUGGUAUGCAUCAUGGGGAUUCAGAUUACGGUAUGCAUUACGGGGAUUGCGGUAUGAACCAUGGGGAUUCAGAUUACAAUAUGCAUCACGGGGAUUCAGAUUACGGUAUGCACCAUGGGGUUUCAGAUUACUGUAUGCAUAACGGGGAUUCAGAUUACGGUAUGCAUUACGGGGAUUCAGAUUACGGUAUGCAACAUGAGGAUUCAGAUUAUGCUAUGCAUCAUGGAUUAGGAUAUGCAUCAUGGGGAUUCAGAUUACGGUAUGCAUCACGGGGAUUCAUAUUACGGAUGCAUCACGGGGAUUCAGAUUAUGGUAUGCAUCAUGGGGAUUCAGAUUACGGUAUGCAUCACGGGGAUUCAGAUUACUGUAUGUAUCACGGGGCUUUAGAUUACGGUAUGUAUCACCGGGAUUCAGAUUACGGUAUGCAUCACGGGGAUUUAGAUUACGGUAUGCAUCAUGGGGAUUCAGAUUAA